AUGAUGGUAACAGGUGGAAAUAAAGGUGUAGGUUUUGGUAUCGUAAGAGCUUUAUGUAAACAGUUCAAAGGUGAUGUUAUUCUAACAGCGAGGAAUGUAGAUUUGGGUAAAAAGGCUGUGAGUGAUUUAAAUGCUGAAGGUUUAAAACCUGAGUUUUAUCAGUUAGAUAUUUGUGAUAUGUCGAGUAUUGAAACAUUAAAACAAUAUCUUCAAUCUAAUUAUGGUGGUCUGGAUCUGUUGGUUAAUAAUGCUGCUAUUGGCUACGGUAUCGAUUCACCUGUGCCAUUUUCUGAAAGGGCUGAAGUGACGAUUAGAACCAAUUUUACAGCUACAUUAGAUGUUACUAAUGCUUUGUUUCCACUGCUCAGGCCUCAUUCCCGUAUUGUCCAUGUAUCUAGUAGAAAAUCCAAGUGGAGUGUUAAUAUAUGUUCAGACACAAUACAAGCAAGGUUACUUGAUCCUUCGUUAACCAUCGAGCAACUGAAAGAGAUUAUUCAAACUUUUGUUGAGUAUCGAGAAUUUAAUUCCAAAGAUGAUAUUGUGGUGAAUGCUUGUUGCCCUGGUUACGUAGAUACAGAUCUGACCAGUCAUAAAGGAACUAAGACUAUUGAUCAAGGUGCUGAAACACCAGUGUAUUGCGCUCUGUUACCUGAAGGAACGGACAUCAGAGGAAAGUUUGUAUCUGACAAAACCGUACAAGUCUGGCCUUGAUGUGACUUAGAAGUCGAUGAUUGUCAUUUGCAUUUUUCGAACAAUAUCUAAUUUGUUUUCAGGACUUCUCAUGUAGCCUACGGACUAUGUG